AUGGCGGCCGGCGACGAACAUUCUGCUGAGACCAGCGGCCCUGCCGUGGAGCGCAAUGCCUCUGCGGCCAAUGCCACGCCUGGCAACACCACCGCCACGGAAUCUGGCGAUGCCACCCCGUGUCAAAAGCCUGGCGACAACCACGAAGGAAAGAAGCGAGGAGAAAAGGGGCGAGCAGAACGGAGCCGCCAGCUAAAGAACGACAAGAAGCGCAAGAAGCAGGACGACUGGCGCGAAUUCAAGCGCCGCAAGCUGAGCGACAAAGCAGGCGAAUCAGGCAACUCGGAAAAAAAGAAUCCCUUCUCACAGGAGGAAAUCGCCUCGGAAGAGCGGCGGCCGAAGCGCAAGGUCGCCGUCAUGAUUGGGUAUUCCGGCACAGGAUACAAGGGCAUGCAAGUGAAUGGCGACGAGCCGACGAUUGAAAGAGAUCUCUUCAGAGCCUUCAUUGACGCCAAGGCCAUCUCAAAGGCGAAUGCCGAUGACCCCCGCAAAUCGAGUCUGGCACGGUGCGCCCGAACGGACAAGGGGGUGCAUGCCGCGGGCAACGUCAUUAGCCUGAAGCUCAUCAUCGAGGACGACGACAUUGUGGACAAGAUCAACGCGCACCUACCGGAGCAGAUUCGCAUCUGGGGGAUCCAGAGGACCAACAACAGCUUCAACUGCUACCAGUACUGCGACUCGCGCUUCUACGAGUACUUGCUGCCCAGUUACUGCCUGCUGCCGCCCCAUCCGCAGACGUACCUGGCCAAGGAGUGCGAGAAGCUCAACAAGGAGUACGGCGCCGAGGACGAAGUGGCCGCCGUGAUGGCGGACGUCCAGGACUUUUGGGCGCACGUCGAAGAGAAGGAGAUCAAGCCCAUCCUCGCCCGUCUGGACCCGGAGCUGAGAGCCGUGGUCAUGGAGCGGGUGCACGCCCAGGAGGCGGAGGAGUAUGAGAACAACAAAAAGGCCGAGGCCGAGGCCGAGCAGGACCACGCCCCCGAUGCCGGGGCGGCAGACAAGCCAGAUGAGGCCGGCGACGCGGCGACGCGGCCAGAAGAACCCAAAAGAGUCAGCCUCGAGUCUCACAAGCCCAAACACCGCGAGCUCGCCCCCAUCGACUUUGCCCUCCGCGACAUCAAGGCCGCGUACAUUGCCGCCAAGCGGCGGUACCGCGUCUCCCCCGAGCGCCUGCAGCGCCUGCAGCGCGUGCUCGACAAGUACACGGGCACCUACAACUUCCACAACUUCACCAUCCAAAAGACCUUUUCCGACCCCUCGGCGCGCCGCCACAUCAAGUCGUUCACCGUGGACCCCAAGCCCGUCAUCAUCGGCGGCACGGAGUGGCUCUCGCUCAAGGUCCACGGGCAGAGCUUCAUGAUGCACCAGAUCCGCAAGAUGGUCGGCCUGGCGUCCCUCAUGGUGCGCUGCGGCACCGCCCUCGACCGCGUCGCCGACUCGUACCAGGAGCAGAAGAUGGCCAUCCCCAAAGCCCCCGGCCUCGGGCUCCUCCUGGAGCGGCCCGUGUUCGAGAACUACAACCGGAGGGCCAGGGACACCCUCGGCAAGGAGACGAUUGAUUUCGGCAAAUACGAGGAGCGCCUCGAGGCGUUUAAGCAGAAGCACAUUUACAGUCGGAUAUUCGAGGUGGAAGAAAAGGAGAAUACGUUCCACGGCUUCUACAACCAGAUUGACCAGUUCAAGGCGAACCACUUCCUGUGGCUGUCUGCCGGCGGGACAAAGGUCGCCGAGCUGAACAAGGAGAGCGACAAGACGGAGGUGGACAAGGCGCUGGGCGACGAGGACGAGAACCCAGAGGGCGGCGAGGGCUAG